AUGUAAGGUUUCAAUCCAAACAACUAAACGCCAUCUUAGAAUAAUUCCACGACUCCUUAGAAUAAGUUAGAUACUUAGUUUAAUGAGAAUAGUUAUUCAUAAUCUAGUAUCUUAAAAAGCUCCACUACUAAAAAUGUAGUGAAAAGAGGGCAGCCCACAAUAAAUAUUGAGACAGCUGAGGAAUAAGAAAUGUCCAUGUAAAAAAGAUUAAUGUAGCAGUAAUAACUGAAAAACAGUACCAGAUCUAAUGGAGUCGAUUCACCAUAAUGCUAAGACAGUGUAUCUCAUAGUAUUGAUAAAGGGAAUAAGAAGAGAAAUGUUAGGAAAAUCAUGAACGAUAGUCUUAAUAUGAUCAACAAAUCAAGGAAUAAGUAUCUAAAUAAAAGUUUCUAGUAAAAUAAUACCUCUUCAUCAGCCACUAGGCUUGGAUAGGUCUCAAUUGGAGGAGAUACUAAUCUGGGCAAUUCUAUUAAUUAGCAUAUGAGCUUAAGAAAAAUAGCAUAAAAUAGAUAAGGAGCAGAAACAUCCAUGAAGAAGUUAAACUCAACUGCUUCAUAUGAUAUUUUAGGGAUUUAAAGGGAUACUGAUCAAUUCGACUAAUCCUAUGGUCAUUUAGCACCAGAAAUAUUCAACAGAAAUGGAGCCAAAUCUGGAAUGAGAAGCCCGCACAGUUUUGCCAAAAAUUGGACAAACUAAAAUACCAACACUUUAAAUUCUAAUGUACUUGUAUAAAGCUCAAUAAGUGGAGGGUCUAAUUCUAUUAACAUAGUUCAAAGCCAGAUUUCCAAUAAAAAUGUAGAGUCUAAUCAAAAGCUCAGCUCUGAAAGGGACUAACUAGAAGUCAGAAAUUCUAGCAACAUUAGUUCCUAAUAUACAGGUGGAAAUAAAAACAAUAACAAUAUGCAGACAACUUAGAAAAAACAUACCUUUAAAUUUAACUUCAAAUCUUCAGCUGGGUAAUCGUCAGGAAUGAUAAACACUCCACUGGCAAGAUCCUUUUACUAACAAACUAACAAUAAUGGGGGAAUGGAUUAUUCAAAAGAUCAAAUAAAUUCUAACUCUGAUAUUUUCUUAAAUGAGAGUUCAUAUAUUAAUAAGCCAGAUUACCCAAUAUAGACUGAGGUUUCAAGCAGGGUCUCCCCUCUCUCUUAAAUGCCUAAAAAGCAACUUAUUUUCAAUACAAAGGGGCAAGUUUAAUAAAUGAAUACGAAUUAAAAUGAUAAUAAUCAUGGAGAGCGGGUAUCUACUUAGUAAAGUACACAAAUAUCAAGCAUUAAGUUUAGUUCUUAAUAGGAACAAAUAUAGUCUAGAAUGAAUAAUAAAAGCUAAUUGUUGAAAUAAUAUUCAAGUUAAAAAGGAGUACAAUAAUAAUCUCAUAAUCCAGAGAUCAUUUCAAACUAAUAACAGUAGCUUAUAGGCAUUUAAACAGGACAUAAUCAGCCCUUUAAUAGUAACAAAGAGAAUAGUUCGCCGAUGGAUAGAAACAAAUAAAUGGUGAGGCCAUUUGAAUAUACCACUAAUCAAGAUGAACAAUUAUAAAAUAGACAUGUAUAGAAAAACCCGAUGCUAUAAAAUUUAGAUUCAAGUGAUUUCAUAGACCAUAAUCAAUUCUAUUAACAAUAGGCUUAGCAUUCUACUACAUCACUACACUCAUAAUCAAUGUCUCAAGAAGUGAAUUCCAAGAUGGUAAGACUUACUAAGAAUCUUUUUCGAGUGCCUAAAAUUUCAAAGAUGCAAAUGAAUAUGUAUAACCCAAACAAUCAAUCACAAUAAUAAUUCUUAUCAAUGGGUGAGAAUUCAGAUUUCUCGCAAGAACCCACGAUUAAGAGAUCAUUAACUCCUUCUAGUGGAUAUUAUUCAAUUAGUCAGCUGAAUGUAAAUCAAAGUGGCAAAACAGAAAAAUAUCAGUAAAAGAGAAAGCAAACAAAUCAUAACUUUCAUUAGUUAUUCAUGAUUGAUUAAUAAUUCCAAAAUGACUCUGUGUUACAAAUUUCAAAUGGAAAGCAUUAGCAACCUUCUAGUGGUGAGGAUAUAAGUUUUAACAUUGACUGUAGCUAAGCUUUUCAAUUGAAUAAUUAAACUUUAGAAAGACCGGUAACAGUGGGUGAGAUAAGCAGUGCUUUGAAAAUGAGAGAUCUUCUAGGUGAUUCAAUAGACAAUAUAUAAGUGUAAACAAUACCAAAGGAUACGAAAAAAAUGAUAACAUAAUCAACAACAAUAGGAUCUAGAAAGUUAAAAACGAUUAACAAUGCUCAAGGACACAUAAAUGUUGAUAGUUUGGCAUCUAAUAAGAUAGAAGAUUCUAUGUAGGAUUCUGAAAAUUUGGAAACAUCCCGAUUCAGUUCGACUCUUGAAUCAUAAAUUUAGUAAAAUACCUUAAUAUUGACAAAUCAAAGCAACUAAAAUAACACAAUCCAAUCUUAAGAUUAUUCAUAAUCUUAAAGAUUUUUGAAAGUAGCCCCAAAUGCACACCAAAUUAAGACAGCUGUUAUGAAUUAAGUUAAUCAUCGAAAUAAUCAGAACUGUAAUAUACCAUAAUCUAAUUAGACUGUUAUUAAUAAACAGUAUUUCAGCAAACUAAAAAGUGAUAGGAAAAAUCAUGGAGGAGAUUAAGCUCGAAGUUACUUAUUAUAACUUAAACAAGAAAUAGAGAAUAGGAGAGAUUAGUAAAUCAUGAGAAAUGAAUAACUAUUUUAAGAUCAACAGCAGCUUGCAUAAAACCUUAGCUCCAUUUUGCAUCAAAGUUCUUUGAAUAACUCAAGUAUGAUAAACUAAAAUUAAAUCUCAAAUAAUAACAUCUUUAUUAUCAGUUCAAGUAACCCAUCUAGAUAGGUUUCAUCUUAAAAGAAGAAAAGAACAGGUGAAAAAUAACAAUUUAUUCGAUAAAUUCAUCCAUAAAACCUUUAAAAAAGGGAUUUGAGUGCAGAUAAUUUAGCAUUCAAAAGAAAUGAUCAUGAAUAAUGUGAAGAAUCUUGCUGUUUAUCUUGUUCUUGUUUUAACACUUCAAGAUUAGAUUGCGACUAAAAUGAUAGAGAAUAGUCUGAAUCAUAAGAAUCAUCUUCAUUUAUAGAAUCAUCUUAGCAAGAAGAGUGCAAGGAUUGCCUAGAUUCUAAAUGCUAAUCUCGAUUAUGCUGUAAUCAUAAUGAAAGUGAAAGAUAAUCAAAACUCUCUAAAAAGUAAAGGCAUAAUGACGGUAAUUGCUAAAAUAAAAUGAUAAAAUAGGAUUAAGAUGGAAGAAUAAAAAUUAAAUAUAAAGAUUAGGCAUCUAACUAAGUUUAUACUAUUUAAGCUCCCAAUAAUGUCUUGUUUAAUGAUAAUCUUAAUUUGGCUGAGGAAAAUAUGUAAAGAGGUAGGUUGCCAAGAAUGAUUCAGAGAGUAAAUGAUCAAGAUUAAUCAUAGAAUUUAAUACCCGUUGUAAAACGAAACCUUACUCCAGAUGAUCAUUUAAGGAAAGAAUAGGCUGAAAGCUAUAUUUUAGUUGAUUAAAAAGGGAAGCCAAAAAAGAUAUAUAUCCAAAGGAAUGUUCCUAUCAAAGUUCAUAGUCCUAAUAGUAGGGAUAUUAACAAGAACUAAUCUAAGACAUUGGAUUAUGAUAACUAAAGCUAGGAUAGUUUUAAUAAUUAACAAUUUUUGACAAUUCAGUAGCCGACCAAGACAAAAACAAACUAGGUUAUUAAAUCGCAAAGAAAGAAGUUUAUGAAUGAGGCUGAUGGUGACUCAUCUCUGAUAUGCUGCUUGAGUACCAAGAGUCAGAAAGAUUAUAAAUAUUAGAACGGGAAUAAUUAGAGGUCUGGAAAUGGAGGUGGUGGAUGCAUUUUGCAAUGA